UAUUAAUUUUUCUGCAUCCUGAAUAUUUAAAUAUGAGGGUUACAUCAUUAUGGGGUUUGUUAAGGUUUUUUAGGUGUUUUUUAAACUGAGAUAGGGAUUGGGAGUUAGUAAUAGUAGAGUCCAGCUGAUUAUAUUUGUUGAGAGUGGCAGGAAAGUAACUGUUAAAAUAAUUAUCUGUUCGACAGAGAGGCGGAUUAAAAAUUCUAUUUCCCCUUAACUCAUAUCUUGUACUUGUAAUAUCAUUAAUAAAUGGAUCUAUAAUAUUUAAUAAGUAAGAUGGGGAGUCAUUAUGCAGAAUUCUAUACAUAAAAAUUAAUUUUUGUUUAUUUCUUCUUUCAGCUAAUGUUUCCCAUUCUAAUUCUUCGUAAAGUUUCACAUGAGAUGUUCCUCGGCGUAAUCCUGUAAUUAUCCUGGCUGCAUCUAAUUGGACUGAUUCGAGAAGUGUUUUUUCCUGUUCUGUACAAUUGUCCCAUACUACACUUGCAUAUUCUAAGAUUGGCCUAAUAUAAGAGAAAGUGUUGAUUAUCAGACAGAAAAUUUACUGAGGAAUCAUGGGAAACUUUGAAGGUCAUGCCCUUCCAGGAUCAUUUUUCAUUGUGUUUGCAUUAUGGUGGACUGUUCAAAUAUUUCAUAGAUACUUCACUUGUCGACAAAAACGCCUCCAAUUCACUUCCACACCCACCUAUUCCUGCGAGUGUUUAUGUGGCAGGGCUAAAGCUUGGCCACUCGAAUCACUCAUCAAACUCUUCUUUGUUGGUGUUGGAUUUAGUCUGGAAAUAUACACAGGCUUUAAAAAUGGCCACAUCAUACCAGAAAACGCACAGCAUGCUACUAUGUUCUUCUUCUUUGGACUAACAGGAGUCAUGGAUUUGUUGCUAUACUUCCGAUUCCCAGUCCUCAGGGAUUUAGACUAUGUGAGCAUGAUAUUUGCUGUAGUUGUGGAAGGAAUCCUGUUUAAGUUCCACCUACACGGUAGGGACGGAAUCGACGUACUGGUACACACCCUUCUAGUUUACACCAUAAUUGCUAAUGUUCUGGCAGUCAUGGCCGAAAUGAAAUGGAGACACAACAUUCUCGCGGCAUUGGCAAGGACUUAUUUCAUCUUUCUGCAAGGUACCUGGUUCUGGCAAAUAGGCUUCAUUCUGCAUAACCCUUUACCAGGAGCAAAGGAAUGGAGUCCAGAAGAUCACCAUUCAUUCCUGCUUAUUACAAUGUAUUAUGUAUGGCAUUGUGGGUUGACUUUUAUAACUAUGCUAUGCAUUGGUGGCUGGAUGGCCUACUUUCAUAAAAAAAUCAGAAAUGGUAAUGAUAUUGAAAUGGGUAUGAAACCUUUGAUGAAAAUAGGGACUCGCGAUCACAAGUUCGCAGCUGUUAACAGGGACAGUGACAACUCUGAAUUUGAACAAUAAUUAACUGAAGUCCAUUUAAUGAAAAUUUCAAAGAAAUGAAAGUUUGGAUACUGUUGCAUAUUAUGCUCUUAUAUUUACCUCUGUGUUGCAGUGCCUCUAGAUAAAAGUACCAACUCAAAAUGUUGUUAUGAUUCAAUAAUAGCAAGUGUGUAGUAAUAUUAACAGUACUACAUGUACAACUCACUAUGUAAACAUACAUACGGUUUAAAAACAUACAUAUAUUUCAUAUUUUUUUUUUCAAAUCUGUGUUAAUAACUAGAAAUCACACUGUUUAAUUAAAUAAGGCUGCUGAAAAAAAUACAUGGCACACCGUCAGCGACACUGACAACACAUGCCGAAUGGUCGAACAAUGAACUAGUCCUAUUGUCACGUUCGGACGACACAAGAAUCCAGUCAACAGCGUCUUUUAAAUCGUCAUCUGGUUUUUUAGGAAACCACACAUUUUACUGAUGCACUUUCAAUUUCCAUUCACACGUCUCGAUGAAAGUCCACCCGCAUCGUGGCCUGAUGAGCUUAUAGCCGCUGCACAACUUGUUUAUUGGUCAGCUACUUCGCAAGGACGGACAGACUUUUUGUAACUUAAAUAUUUUACAUGGUAUUUUUUUUGGACACCUGUUUUUAAAGUGGUGACAAAAUUGUUUACUACUGGCUGUGUUGAGUGGCAGUAGGACCAAGUAGGGAUAGAUACAUGUUGAAAUUGUGUAGGAAUUAUUUCUAAGGAGUACUGAGUAGUUACCAACUAUGUGUACAGGUAGUCCCAAUCUAUAUGUUACGGUUAGUGGCCUUGAUUUGGUGAGACUGCU